UCUUCUUCCUCUGCUCACAACACAAGCAGGUAGUUCAAAGCGCUCCUCUGCGUAGUGAAACCAACCGCGUGAGGUGCUUAUUGCCAGCUAGAGGCUGCAAAGAUGUCGCAGAGGCCAGGAAGGCACCAAAGGCGGGCGUCGCAGAGCGUGUUCGUGCUGCCGGAGAACUUCGCCCUGGAGGACGUGCCGGCGGCCGUGGCCGAGGGCGGCGGCGUCGAGCAGCGGAAGCCCGCGGCCGCGGACGGGGCCGAGCUGCAGGCGGCGAGGCAGGCGGGGCGCCACCGGCGGGCCAUGUCCAUGGCCGUCGCCUCCCGGGACCUGGAGAUGAUCUCGGAGGACAUUGGGAGCUACAAGUACGGUGCGUAGAGGUAGAUCACACGAGGUCGUGUGUGUGCUUGCCUUGCCUGCUUGGCUGGUACGUGUGCCCCCUCCGGACCGGCGGCGGCGGUUCUCCGGCCGUUUAGGUGCAAAGCAAGUGGCUGUAUUCCGAUCGGGUCCGGUGUCCCCUCUCCUGUGCUGUCGUUGUUUUCGUGAUGUAUUGAUGCUGCUUCUUCUGUAAUGCUUAUUCGCCUUCUUGUUCUUGAUCUAGAAGUAAAUAAAAAAAAUACUUCAGCUUCGACGUUUUGUCAGGU